AUGCUGACUGAGGACCAGCGGUUCAUCCACGAAGAUUUGGAGAGACUUGAGCAGGGAAUCAGUGAUCGCGUCUCAGAUGAACCUCGAAAUAUUCGAGACCGGUUAAACCGAGAUCAUCAAAUUUCAGGCUUCCUUAACCGUAUCCAACAACAAUCGGAAAGGCUAUUGGAUAUCUACAAAGAUGUGGAAGGUCUGCGAGCGAAGGAAGUACAGGCUAUAUCGACUGGAGAACCCUUCGAUGAAUUUUACAAACGAUUAGACGAAAUUAAAGAUUUCCAUCGACGAUACCCUAAUGAACCUGUUGAGAACCUUGAGCGAGCAUAUAAGAGACGACACCCCGGUGAAAAUGAGGGAUUCGGAAUGGAAGUGGAGAAUAUGUUCUCCGGAGAAGAAUCGUAUGGCCAGUUUUUCGACCUCACGAAGAUCCAUGAAGACUACCUGAAUUUGCCUGGGGUGAAGAGACUCACAUACCUACAAUACCUUGACCUAUUCGACGUGUUCACGCAGCCCCAACUACCCAUCAAACGGAGCAACAAACUUACCGAUAAGUAUUUCCAGUAUGUCGGAGAUCUUGCCUCGUACUUAGAGAGUUUUAUCAAACGGGUUAAACCUUUGGAACCUCUCGACAAACUUUUCAACGGCUACGACGGAGAGUUCGAAAAGCUAUGGCGAGAAAACAAAGUUCCUGGGUGGGAAGAAGAAACCACAGCAGAAACCACCUCCGGUCCCAAGACUGAAGGAACUGGUGAGGGAAUUUGGUGUCCAGAUUGCGAGAGAGAAUUCAAAAACCAGAAUGUCUACAAGAAUCAUCUCACCGGGAAAAAACACAUUCGCGCUGCGAAGGCCCGUAAAGCCAAUGAGUCCUCCAACUCUUCCACGACCCAUCCAAAUGGUGACACUGGUGGCGUUGUCGCCGCGGGCCGUCGCCUGAAGGAGCGUGCAAUUGCUGAAAGAGAACACCGUGUACGAUCGCUGGCCGCAACUCUAAAAGAAGAAAGACAAGCUACACGGGUUAAUGUGGAACGGAAACAAGGAAUGACAGAGAGAGAGCGGCAGAUGGAGCUUGAUGCUCUCUUUGCAGAGAGUGCAGAACCACCGGAAAUACGGCAUGGGGAUUCAGAUUCUGAUAGUGACAGCGAGGAGAAAAUUUACAAUCCCCUCAAGCUGCCGCUUGCAUGGGACGGCAAACCUAUCCCAUACUGGCUCUACAAGCUGCACGGUUUGGGGGUGGAACUGCCCUGUGAAAUAUGCGGCAACUUCGUCUACAUGGGACGACGUGCAUUUGACAAGCACUUUUCGGAAGCUAGACAUAUCUACGGGCUACGAUGUCUUGGAAUUACACAGCAGACUAGCUUGUUCCGAGAGAUCACCAAGAUCGAGGAAGCGUUGAGACUCUGGGAGAAACUAGAACAGGAUCGGAAAAAGGAGAAGGAGUCCAGAGAAAAUGUGGUACAGAUGGAAGAUGCCGAAGGCAAUGUGAUGCCAGAACGAAUAUAUCUUGAUCUCCAGAAGCAAGGCAUCUUGUAG